AUGGAUGAAGAGGACGCUGAGAAAACUGCUUUCACCACUCCAUGGGGGACUUAUUGCUACAGGGUCAUGCCAUUUGGUCUUAAAAAUGCUGGGGCAACUUACAUGAGGGCUAUGACCACCAUGUUUCAUGAUAUGAUGCAAAAGAAAUUGAAGUAUAUGUCGAUGACGAUGGAUCCUUUGAAGUACAUCUUUCAGAAGCCUUUGCCAACUGGCAGACUCGCAAAAUGGCAAAUCUUUCUCACUGAAUUUGACAUUAUAUAUGCCACUCGAACUACAAUAAAAGAUCAAGCUUUGGCAGACCACUUGGCAGAGAAUCCAGUCGAUGGCGACUACAAAACAUUGGAUACUUAUUUUCUAGAUGAAGAGAUUAACUUAGUUGAAGAAGUGGAUUCAGAUGAAAAUCAGGCUUGA